UGCGCAUGGUGAUGCUGCUGCUUCCUUCACUGAUUGGGACGACGCGACCAAAAUCCAGAGAGCAUUCCAGAUUGGAGAGAAGGAAGCGAAAGCCGUCUCAAAUUUGCAGCACCGUGUAUCUCCGUCGUUCCUCGCGGAAUUGCGUGAGAGUGUGCGACUUCGCGGGAUGCGUGCUUGGAUGGGGCACGAUGUCAUUGGGAAAGACAUGUUCAACCAGGGAUGGUCUUCAGGUACAGGCACGUAUGAAAGCUGGCGAGAUGCUUUGACGAAUUCCACUGAUGAUGCGUUGGUCAAGCUUGUCCUUGGCCGGCUGCGAGAUGAUUGGGACAAGUUGAUGCCGCAAAUGCGUAAACAAUGGUCUUUCCGUGAUGCUUCGGCCAUUCAUGCUCUAUGUGGCGGGUUCUUGGCUGUUGUCAAAGAGCUCCAGCGGAAGGUGCCGGCGGCUGACUUCAAGGAUGCAGAGGACAAGCUCUACGGGCAAUUCAGAACGGGUUACCUAGAUCCUGAGCUUGAGAACAUGCUGUCCACAGCUGUGCCACCUCCAAGCCUGAGCGACUUGUCCUUCACUAGGGUUAUUGUGGCCGCAGUUGACCAGCGUGUGCAGAACGACCUUGAGCAGCAGGAAAAGGAACUCUCAGAGAAGCUCCACAAUGCGACUGUGGAACAGAUCACAUUGAAAGUGAACACGGACAUCGAUGCUCUUAAGCAGCGGAUCCCCACCAAAGAAGUCGAAGCAGUCGAGGCAGCUAAAGAUCAACGCUAUCUCAAAGAGCGCCAAUUGAAGCUCAUAGUGCAAUUAGUUCUCAUCUACUUCACUUUGAAAGGGCAGGCGUACACGAAGGAUUGGCUGGAGGCGAAUUGCAAAAUGUUCAAGGUGUCUGAGGAUACACUCCCGAACUGUGUGGCCGAGUUUGCGCGGUUUACCAAUCGGUUUACUUUGGUGACCUUCGACGCAACCGUGUGGCCCAGCAAUGCCUUGUUCAUGUCCAAGUGCCUUGAAGUGUUUUCCCAAUCUGUUUCUAUGACAACCUUGUCGAUGGGGCUGGUCCUCCUUCCAGUUCUUCACGCUCAAACAACUCCUGCAGCCCUUGUGAAACACACAAGAGCUAUGACGGAUUUCUUCAUGAAGUCGGGCCUGGACGUGACCCAGCAGAUCACCGUCAGCUAUGACAAACAAUCCAGCAUGGCCAACGAUAAGAGAAAGGCUUAUCAAACGGCGAUGCUUGUCACUACGGCAUCAAAUCAAGAUGACAACCCAUGGACCGCUUGCAAAGUCUUCAAAUCGGGAACAUUGGGGCCGAUUCCCCUCAUCAAAAUCGCUGACAUGGCCGGGUACGACAGUGACAAUCGCCCGGGUGCUGCUGCGCGAGUGGAGCAGAAAGGCGUUCCCGCCUUCAAGCAGGUGUUGAAGGAGAUGUUCAUGGGGAUGGAUUUCCGCCAGGAGGAUCUGGUCCUUGUGUUCGAUGUGCUUCCGAACAAGCAUGCAGAGCUAUGCCGUGCUAUCACCCAGAAAGUACUGCACGAAUCUUCAGCGGCGCCUCGAUUGGUGUACUUCGGGGUUCUCAGGGACCACAAGGAAACCGUCGCAGAUGUUGAGAACAUGGUCUAUUCUCAUUGGGAUGGGCUGGCUGAUAGCCCUCCGAAGCAAAGGCCGCAGGAAGCGAAGCCCGAUCCGAUUUUGAACCUUUUGACGUGGAGUGGCCAGAGUUGUGGUUUUCCUUCUUCUUUGCUGAACAAGUUUGCCACAGGGACCACGCAUCAUGCUGCUAUGCUCGCUUUGAAGGAGAAAGUCCAGGCAACUUUCCCACAGAACUUUGCUGGCGAGGGCUCAGCAGCAGGUGGCACCACGUCUACCACGGUGCGCGCAGCUGGGCGGCCGGAUUUCUCCAUCGAAGGGGGGAAAAAGCCGGUGGACAUUUGCAGACAGGUGCGGCUGGAUGCUUUGCCUGCUGAUUCAUUCACCUUUCCCAAGCUGGCUUCCUGUGACGGCGUGAAGGGCAAGCCUGCAGUGUUUAUCACGAAGUCGCAUGAAGUAUAUCUAGGGAAUUCAACUGCAGAGGAACUCAUCGUCGAAGGGGAGGUCUUUGGUUUCAACCGUGGUGUUUUCGAGGACAAGCUGAUCACAGGCGACCCAAACGCAGAGCUGACCUUGAUGCCGUGGCGCUUGAGUUCAGACUUGCAGCUUGUGAUGCACAACAAGAACCUCAUGAGCCUAGCUGACUUUGUGCAUUUCAUUUGCACCACGCACGGAGUCGCUGCGUUCGAUUUGCUGGACCACACCAUUACCCAGAAACAACACCCUCCAGCCGCGGAUGGAGGUGAUCCUGUCCCAGUCCCUUACCGAUACACACUUUCACCAGCGCCGAGCGGCAAGUGCAAUUCGUUUCGCCCAGCAGAGCUCAAAGAUUCUGAUACUGUGAGGCCAUGA